AGAAAACACAGCACUUGCAAUUAUCUAAGAGAGAUGGCAUCAACAUGGAUGCAAGUGAUAGCAUUAGUGGUGGUCUUGGCUUUCCCAACAAUGAUCGAGUGUCGUAUUCGCAAUUACAAAUUUAACGUGGUAAUGACCAAUACUACAAGACGAUGUAAAAGUAAGCCGAUAGUAACCGUUAAUGGCCGUUUUCCAGGCCCCACAAUAGUUGCUAGAGAGGAUGACACCGUGACAGUCAAAGUUGUCAACCAUGUAAAAUAUAAUGUUAGCAUUCACUGGCAUGGUGUACGACAACUAAGAACCGGGUGGGCUGAUGGUCCUGCAUACAUAACACAAUGCCCGAUUCAACCAGGAGGAACCUAUCUAUACAACUUCACUUUAACAGGUCAACGAGGCACACUUUGGUGGCAUGCACACGUCUUGUGGUUAAGAGCCACGGUUCAUGGUGCCAUUGUCAUCUUGCCCAAACCUGGAGUCCCAUAUCCUUUUCCCAGACCCAAUAAAGAAGUUGUGGUUGUCCUAGGAGAAUGGUGGAAGUCAGAUACUGAAGCUGUAAUUAACCAAGCACAAAAAUUAGGACAAGCCCCUAACGUUUCCGAUGCCCACACCAUCAAUGGGUAUCCCGGACCUAUCACAAAUUGCUUAGCAAAUGGAGGGUUCAAGUUACAAGUGGAUGAAGGGAAAACAUACAUGUUAAGAAUAGUCAAUGCUGCACUCAAUGAAGAGCUUUUCUUUAGAAUUGCAAACCACAAACUAAGAGUGGUUGAGGUUGACGCGCUCUAUGUCAAACCAUUCACAACCGAUACUAUUCUUAUUGCACCGGGUCAGACAACAAAUGCCAUUAUAACAACCACACAAAAAGUCGGAAAGUACCUAAUGGCAGUCUCCCCAUUCAUGGAUGUGCCAGUUGCCGUUGAUAAUUUGACCGCCACAGCCUCCCUUCGUUACUCUGGUGUUGUAACUUCCACUAUCACCAAACUCGUCGCCCCGCCUCCUCAAAAUUCAACUCCAGUGGCCAACAAUUUCAUAAACUCCCUUAGGAGCUUGAACUCCGCAACAUAUCCUGCCAAAGUCCCAUUAACCAUUGACCAUUCUUUGUUUUUCACAAUUGGUUUGGGAAUCAAUCCUUGUAAAACUUGUGUUAACGGUAGUAGGGUGGUGGCAGACAUUAAUAAUAUCACAUUUGUCAUGCCAACAACCGCCCUUUUACAAGCGCAUUACUUCAAUAUAAGCGGCGUCUUUACAGAUGAUUUUCCUAGUACACCGUUAAUACCAUAUAACUAUACAGGCACACAACCAAAAAACUUUGCAACAAACAAAGGUACGAAGCUAUAUCGACUUCCUUAUAACUCGACCGUGCAACUAGUUUUGCAAGACACUGGAAUGAUCACCCCUGAAAGUCAUCCGGUACAUUUGCAUGGGUUCAACUUUUUUGUUGUUGGAAGAGGCAUAGGGAACUUUAAUCCAAAUAAAGAUCCAAAAAACUUCAAUCUUGUUGAUCCUGUUGAAAGAAAUACUGUUGGUGUCCCAACAGGUGGUUGGACUGCUAUUAGAUUCAGGGCGGACAAUCCAGGUGUUUGGUUUAUGCAUUGUCAUCUUGAAGUUCACACAACAUGGGGACUCAAAAUGGCAUUUGUAGUAGAUAAUGGAAAAGGGCCACUUCAGUCUGUUAUCCCGCCUCCAAGUGACCUCCCCAAGUGUUGAGCGCGUAUUAUAAAGAUUUUAGAAUAUGGAUUUCUUUUGGGUAGCCUAAUGGGCUUCUUAUAGUUGAAUAAAUCAAGCACAAUUACUCUUGUUUUUUUAUUCUACUUAAAGCACUUUUUCUGUUAUUAUA